AUGAGCUCCCCUGGCGCAGGGGGAGAAGGGACUCGGCACGCCGGGUGCCAACACCUGGAGAACCUGGUGCCGGCUGAGCAGAGAGGAGACCAACUGGCUUACACCUGCCACCGGGCCAGAGCGGCCUCGUGCGAGGAACCGGAGCCGCGGGACAGCACGCGUUCACGGCGCGUUCGUGGUCACGACAGGCUGCUGUGUGACGCUUCCGUCAGCAGGUGUGAAAGCACAGAGGAAUAUGAUUACGAUUACCUCAGCAUCAAUAAAACCUGGGUCCUCACCCCUAAGGCACAGGAGACUGAUGCCACGCAAAUCCUCAACUCACUGCUGAAGAACUAUGACAACAAGCUGAGGCCGGAUAUUGGCAUCAAGCCCACAUUUAUUGAUGUGGAUAUCUACGUGAACAGCAUCGGACCAGUAUCUGUGAUCCAGAUGGAAUACACCAUCGAUAUCUUCUUUGCUCAGACAUGGUAUGACCGGCGUCUUCGUUUCAACAGUACCCUCAAGGCUCUCACACUGAACACCAACAUGGUGAGCCGCAUCUGGAUCCCAGAUACCUUUUUCAGGAACUCCAAGCGGGCUGACUCCCACUGGAUAACCACUCCUAAUCAACUCCUCCGCAUCUGGAAUGAUGGCAAAGUUCUCUAUACGCUCAGACUGACUAUUGAGGCUGAAUGUCUGCUCCAGCUGCAGAAUUUCCCAAUGGACACUCACUCCUGCCCUCUGGUUUUUUCCAGUUAUGGCUACCCGCGUGAGGAGAUUGUCUAUCGCUGGAGGCGCUAUUCCAUUGAGGUCUCUGACCAGCGCACUUGGAGGCUUUACCAAUUCGACUUCACAGGGCUGAGGAACACCUCGGAAGUCCUCAGGACUGGGGCAGGGGAGUACAUGGUGAUGACAGUUUCUUUUGACCUGAGUAGACGUAUGGGUUAUUUUGCCAUUCAAACCUAUAUUCCCUGCAUCCUGACCGUUGUUCUCUCCUGGGUUUCCUUCUGGAUCAAGAGAGAUUCUACACCAGCCCGGACAUCUCUGGGUAUCACCACUGUGCUAACAAUGACCACCCUGAGCACCAUCUCCCGCAAGCACCUUCCCCGUGUUUCCUAUAUCACAGCCAUGGACCUCUUUGUCUCUGUGUGCUUCAUCUUCGUCUUCGCAGCUCUCAUGGAGUACGCCACGCUCAAUUAUCUGGUAGGAAACAAGAAACCACUGGAGCACAACAGCAGGAAAACAAGGCUGCCAUCUGCUGGCAUCCAGGUGAUGCCAUCCUUCACCACCAUCAACAUCAACAACAUCAUGCACUGGCCCCCAGAGGUAGAGGAGGAUGAGGAUGAAGACCCUGGUUCCCCAUGCCUGGAAGGGAAGGAAUGUGAGAGAUUCUUCUGCUGCAUUGAGGACUGUCAGACAGGGAUGUGGCGGGAAGGGAGGGUCCGUAUUCACAUCUCCCGCCUGGACUCCUACUCCCGCGUGUUCUUUCCCACCGCCUUCCUGCUCUUCAACAUUGUCUACUGGAUUGCCUAUCUGUAUCUCUAGCUGUUCUUUGUCCUCAACUGGAAUGGACUGGAGGCCAGCAAAAUGGACUUUUCAAGGAGCAUAGCAAACAGCCUCUCUUCCUGUUGUAGUCGAUCAUCAGUCUGAACAAUCCGAUUUGAUGAUUCCUUCUUCCUGCUCUCAUCUCUUCUGAGAAGAACAAGACAGCAUUUUUUUUAGCUACCAAACCUGUCUUUUUAGAAAAUCUUCCCUUCCCAAACAACCUUCUUUCCAACACCACCAGCAUUUGACUCCUUGUAGGAUUGCCCAGAAAAGUCCUAUUCCUGUCAAAAGGUUAGGGAUUUUGUCAAGAACAAAAAUCCAAAUGUGCUUCGUUUUUCCAUCCAGUCCCACUCCAAAAUACCAUGGGAAGUGAUGAUAAAUUGAGUUUUUUCCAUAGUUUUUAAGUCUGCAGAGGAAGUAAAGUAGAUUUUACAACUUCUGCACCAUCUCCACCAGUAUAGACUUUGUGGGAGUGCUAGAGACAUGGAAAGGUCAGAAGGAGGGAGGGGCCAAAUAAGGUAGGAGUACUGCCUGCCUUCUGCUGAGAGCUAGGAUUGGCCAAAAUGCUUUGAACCUGCCGAGAAAGCUGACUGUGGUGCAGGAGUGGAGUAGUGGUAAGCCUCCACCAGCUCCCCGUAGGACAUCUGUGGAGCAUUCCUCAUGGAUUGCUCUGCUUGUUGCACCACAAGGCAUCUGAUGAAAAGCAUUUCACGAGGCUGAAUGGCCUGCUGUCUUUUCAGGACUGGCUGUCUAAGGGCCCAUGAUGGCAUCCUGCUAUGUGGUCAGGACUUUGACUGGGGUAUGCAGCUUGCUUUGGGCAUAGCUAAAAUGGGGAGAAAGCCCUUAUGCUACAGAGACCAGAAGGUGUCUCAUAUGCCUGUUGUGAGGUAGCUAUCUUCAGCCUGUCUGAGGUGAGCCAGUGCUCUCCUUCACAAGGACUAGUGUUGAACUCCUCAGAUCUGUGUACAGUAGUAGGUGCUAACCGGAGAAAUGGGUCAUAGGGAAGGGAACACUAACAGCUAUCCCUGCACCUACCAGUGGUGAGGAGAGUUCCUGCAGCUCCGACGUGCUUCCUUUCUGUCUAAUAUUUAAAUUAAAAACCAGACUUCUCUAAAACUGUUUGCCUCCUCCAACUUGCCAACAAUCUAUGCCCCUUUUCUUCCCAGAAUCAGGAAGGGGAACGAGCCAUGCAUGGCAUUCCCAUCUGCCCUCCUUGGUAGCUCUCAGGAAACUCAGACAGAGCUGGUUCCUAGUGUUCUCGCUCCCCUGCCAGGUCUCUGUCAGCUGUGACAAGAACCAUCAACGCCUGAAGAAAAGGGCUGGAGAAAGGUGAAUUACAGUCUGAACCAGGAGGAAACUGCAUAAUGUAGAAGGGGAAGCUCAGGCCCAAGGUUCAUCAUAAGCUGUAAAUCAACUGCUCCCCAAUUACACCAAAUGUUGAUUUGGCCUACAGCAUAAGUGUUUGUGCAAAGCAAUGUACUAUUAUAGUUACUAGUUACUACUAGCUGCUAUUAAUGGUAAAUUAAUAGUACUAUGUUACUUAAAAAAUCUUUUUAUAAAUGGCAUGUUUUAGAAAGCUGGCAUGGCUGCAGAGAAAAAGUUAGGAAUGGCUGGCUCACAGGACAGCUAACAGGGCUAGGCCAUUUUCUAUAGUCUUAGAGAGCAAUUUGAUCUGGUUUAAAGAUGGAUUUUGGCACUUAAAUCUGAUUUGAGUAAUGAAGUGUCAUGUUUAAUUCAUUCAUAAAUGCAGCCCUACCUUGGUUCCAGAGGAAGAGCCAGAGCACCUAAUUAAGUACACAAUAGUACAACAUUCAGCUAAGUACAACCGAAUGGGGUCAGACCAGUGUAGCUCUGGAAGGGGAAAUUGUGCCUGUCUAACCUGUUACGGUUCUUUUAAAAUACCAAGGAAGAGAUAAAGGUUACUCAGAAGCAUAAUUUGCUUAGCUACUCCGACAGCUUUUGAAAGGAUGGAAAGAAAUUAUGGCGGGUGGUUCUAACGGAGGAAAUUGAUUCAGUAAAAGAAUUAUUAAGGAGGUUCUAAUUAGAGGAAAUUAAUUGAGGAGAGGAAAGAAGAAUUGUUAAGGAGGCUCUAAUUAGAGGAAAUUAAUGUUUUAGAGAGAGAGACACAGAGAGGGAGACAUCCAAGAAAAGAAUCAAAACAACUUCCAGACAAGGAGAGCUGCUGGGUGACGGUGCUGACGCCCAGCCAAGCAGGUUGAUAUUCUGCUUCUGAUAGCAAAGCGCUAUUAGAUGCAGCAAUAGAAAAAAAUCUCCUAUGACUCAACUGUAUGCUGAAAGGGAGCUGGAUUAGACAGGGAUCUGUGAUCUCUGUGGGGAGCCAAAAGGAAAGAGCAUCCUUUAGAUUAAAACUUGCUCACGUGACAGACUCUGAGUGAAGCGUGUCUUCACAUGUCAGAAGGCAGCAGCUACUGUGUGCCUAGGAGGAGGCAUCCUGGUGGUAAACCAGGGCCGUGUCAAGUAUGUUCAUAAACAUUACGGAGGUAUAAAAGAUGUGCAGGCAAUGUAGGCUGUCGUGAACACAGGCAACAAAAUCUGGAGCGGAGCAUCUGAGAAAGGGCUGGUAGAUGGAAAAAAAUUAAUGUAUGUGUGCAAAGAGUCCAAACCUCUCCAAUUCACUGAGACCUCAGAGCACUUGGGAGCUUUGAUGGACACAGCUUAUUAUCAUGGACACCAAAGUAAAGACACCAGCACUGUGAGCAGCAGCAUGUUGAAUUUAGACCUUUUAAAGAAUGAGCCAGGAGAGCAGCAAGGUGUACAGGAGACCUAAAAGGAUGAUAGGGAUUCAGGCAAAGUAGACUUGAAAGAUGAUUUUACCAAAAAAGAUAAAACUAACAUACACCUGGGUAAUUUAACCAAUGAUGGAAGAUAUGAGAGUGACUUGACAGAAGAAAAUAGUCUAGCGUGGGCUGGAGCACAAGGGAGCUGAUUACUAAAGCUGGGGAAGGUGGGGGGGGGUCUUUUUGGUUUAGGGAAAUCUGUGCCCAUCAUAAAUAGUUCAAUAAAUAAAGGCAUGCAGGAAUUGAGUCAUGUUUUUAAGUUCUGCAGUAUCUCAGAAAAGAAAAGCAAAGAAAAGCAAGAAAGAAAAAUCCACCCUUUUUUGGAAUUACUUUGCAAAGCUCCAUUUUCCUGAAGAGAGGUUUCCCUGCUAUGGGCAGGGAUCCCGAGGCACAGAGACAUUCGGCAGCCGUGCACUGUUCUGCCCAGCAAGGCAGUGGGAGCUCUGUCCCCCCCAGCUCCUGCCCAGGACGACGUAAACCACCCGCCUUUCCCUGCAUGCUGUGGUUUCUGCAAUCGCCCCGUGGGUUAUGGCAUUGCGGCAGCUUUCAGACCAGGACAGCUGCUGUCUUUUUACCGGUGUCUGACUAGCUCGCUCCAGGGAAGACAGCCCAAAAACAUCUGGCUAAUGAUUUGACUGGAAACAAUGAUAUCAGCAUUUAUGUUUUAUGGCUUUUGUUCAGAAGAUGAAAGGACGUCAAAAAGGUUGAUUUCUCAUUUCUCUGUCUCAUCCUAUCCCUCUCCUUCCCCUCCAAAUUAUGCCAUAUAAGGGACCAUUUUUAGACUGUAAGCUCAUCAGGGCAGGGACACUCUUACUGUGUGUUUGUACAGAGCCUAGCACACUAAGGCUUGAUCCUUAACGGAGACUUCUGGAUGCUACUUAUUAUAGGUAAUAAACAGCAGUAUGGACUGUCUGGC